GGGAGAAUGUGAGUGAAGAAGGUCCAAAAAGGGACUGCUCCACAAACGGACGAUUCAAACAAGAACUCCCAGUCUCUCUUUUUAUCCUGAAAAUACAUAAUUAAUUGAAAGAAAAAGAAAAAGAAAAGAAGAAGAGAACGCUUUGGCCACUGUUUCUCAUUUCUCUCAAUUUGCAGCUCUUAUCUUUUAUUUUCUCUCUUGUCUGCAUUCCCGCACAGAGGAUUCUGAGCUGGGUUUGGCUUUUGUAUUUUAUGGAGGAAACAGUUUAAGAUAAGGGAGAAAAGUGAAAAACUUGGCUGGUGAAAUCUGCGCGAAGGAAGGCGGAGGGCGAUCUCCUGAGAGUUUGAUCAUGGCGGUUGCUGAAAAUGCCGGUGCCAAAAUUGGGUCCUCGAAUCAGAAUUUGGACAACACUGUAGUAUCAUCGGACUCAAAUGUACCAAACGAUCUUGAAAACCCAAGACCCAAAAGCGAUGCCUCGGUCAAGAGUACCAAAGACUCCAGCUUGCACACUCAAAACAAUGAUCAGAAUUCCAAUGGGAACUCGCAUCACCUAGAGAGCACUGCCUCAGUGACAGCAAGUAAUGGCAGCACCCAGAAGACCCAGAUGGAGAACGGGCAUGGGUCUGCAAAUCAGAGGGCUAAUGGUGUGAAGGGGGUGGAUAAUGGGGAUGGCGAGAGUUUUAAGGACGGUAUGACUGAUUUGGUUGAAAUUUUGUCAAAGUUGAAUCCCAUGGCUCAAGAAUUCGUGCCCCCUUCGCUGGCAAACAAUCAUCGCUAUCCGGAUGGUACUGGCUUUGGAUAUUCUAACAAUUUUGUUGUUCAGACUAAUACUGGUGGCAGCAAUGGCCUCCCUAAUAGAAGGAGGAGGAAUUACAAUAGUCAAGGUAGGCGCAGGAUGAAUGCUAGAACAAGUAGUGCACAGCGGGAAGAUGUAAUCAGGAGAACCGUAUAUGUAUCGGACAUCGAUCAACAGGUCACUGAAGAGCAUCUUGCAAGUCUCUUCCUUAACUGUGGACCGGUCGUUGAUUGUCGUAUCUGUGGGGAUCCUAAUUCUGUUCUUCGCUUUGCCUUCAUUGAGUUCACUGAUGAAGAAGGUGCAAGGGCUGCCUUAACUUUGUCUGGGACCAUGCUUGGAUACUACCCAGUGAGAGUGCUGCCCUCCAAAACUGCGAUUGCUCCUGUUAACCCAACAUUUUUGCCAAGGUCUGAAGAUGAACGUGAGAUGUGCUCAAGAACCGUGUACUGUGCAAAUAUUGACAAGAAGGUGACACAAGCAGAUGUCAAACUCUUUUUUGAAUCACUUUGUGGAGAGGUUCAUCGAUUGAGGUUGCUUGGAGACUAUAAUCAUUCAACUCGUAUUGCUUUUGUUGAGUUCGUAGUGGCUGAAAGUGCAAUUGCAGCCCUUAACUGCAGUGGUUCAAUGCUGGGUUCAUUGCCCAUAAGGGUUAGCCCAUCAAAGACUCCAGUGAGGCCUCGUGCUCCUCCUCGCAUUCCGAUGCACUGAAUCUCCUCUCAUGCCUCCUGGACUGAUCAACUGCCGAAUUAUAUAUUUAUACAUAUAUAGAUAAAGAAACUUUUUUAAAGGUACUUGUGGCGUUUAUGUCCCAUUGCUUUGUCUUUGCACUCUGCCCAGUAUCCUUGUUUUUCAUAUGGGAGGUUACAUUGUGCUCUGUUUAUUUAGUUUAAAGAGGCAAAUUGAAAUUUGAGGCUAUGAUGACUGAAUUUUCAAGAUGUUUUCAGGUUGCAUAGAUCUUUUCGAUUGAUUUUGUUGUC